AUAUUUAAAAUAUUAAUUAUUAUUUAAAUUUAAAAUUUUAUAUAUUUAAAUUUUAAAUUAAUCACACCUACAUAAGCAUGGCGGAGUCAUAGCCAACGGUACACAUUGCAUUUACACCUGACGCCAACUGCUGCUUCCGCCAUGUCGCCGAUGUCGCCGUCGUCUCAACUUUCGUAAAUCUUCUGAGAAUCAAUACAUACUGCAAUGGACCAGUUUAACGCAAGGGAAGACACAGACUCGUUCCGAAUUGAUGUACCGGAGAUCAGUCAGAGCGUGCGGUCGUCCUUCCACCACACCGGUUCUCCGGCGAGCUCCGUCGAUCUCGAAGAGCAUUCGGCGGCGCUUGACAGAUUUCCGACAUUGGAGCAGCUGAGAACUUCUUUGUCUGAUGAAAACGGCGCUAAAGGGGAAAAGGUGUUCGAUGUUACCAAACUUGGGGCCUCUGAGAAGCAUAUGUUCAUCGAGAAGCUCAUUAAGAACAUUGAGCACGACAAUCUCAAAUUGCUGUGCAAAAUGAGGAGACGAAUAGAUAAAGUAGGAGUUGAGCUGCCAACAAUAGAGAUUAGGUAUUCGAAUCUGCGUGUGGAAGCCGAGUGCGAGGUCGUUUACGGGAAGCCUCUCCCGACCCUUUGGAACUCUCUCAAAAGCUUGGUUUCGAAUAUCGCGAGAUUGCCAGGUUUGCCACGGAAGGAGGCUCGCAUUAGCAUCAUUAAUGAUGUGAGUGGUGUGAUCAAGCCAGGAAGAAUCACUUUACUACUUGGCCCUCCAGGGUGUGGGAAAACUACACUUUUGAAAGCUCUAUCUGGGAAUUUAGAUAAAUCACUUAAGGUAAGGUUUUCGUUUUUUCAUAUGCUUUCUUAUGUGAUUCCAAUGCACCUUUUGGUUUUUAGCUAUUUCUCUACACUGCAACAGGUUGAUGGAGAGAUUUCAUACAACGGAUAUUCACUCAAUGAGUUUGUGCCUCAGAAAACUUCGGCUUACAUAAGCCAAUAUGAUAUGCAUAUCCCUGAAAUGACUGUCCGAGAAACACUAGAUUUUUCUUCUCGUUGUCAAGGCAUCGGCAGCAGAGCAGAAAUUAUGGCUGAGGUUACCAGGAGAGAAAAAGAAGCCGGAAUUGUUCCUGACCCCGAUAUAGAUACUUACAUGAAGGCUAUUUCUGUAGAGGGACAAAAAACUACACUUCAGACAGACUACAUAUUGAAAAUUCUCGGACUUGAUAUAUGCGCAGACACAAUAUUUGGAGAUGAGAUGAGAAGAGGUAUAUCUGGUGGGCAGAAAAAGAGACUGACGACAGGUGAGAUGAUUGUUGGGCCAACAAAAGCUUUGUUCAUGGACGAAAUCUCAAACGGCCUAGACAGCUCGACUACGUAUCAGAUUACUUGCUGCCUGCAGCAGAUGGCGCACCUCACAGAUUCUACAAUCCUUGUUUCACUUCUCCAACCUCCUCCAGAGACCUUUGAUAUCUUUGAUGAAAUUAUUCUGAUGGGAGAGGGGAAAAUAAUCUAUCAUGGACCUCGAAGUGAUGUUUUAGAGUUUUUUAGUAUUUGUGGAUUUAGGUGUCCUGAAAGAAAAGGAGUAGCUGAUUUUCUCCAGGAGGUUAUUUCAAGAAAAGAUCAAAAGCAAUAUUGGCACAACAAUUGGGCUCCAUACAGUUAUGUGUCUAUUGACAUGUUUUCACGUAAAUUUAAGGAGUUUAAGCAUGGGAAGAAACUCCAUAAAGAUAUUUCGGUGCCAUUUGAUAAGUCGAAGGCACAUGAGAAUGCAAUCAACUUCAGUGCAUAUUCCCUUCCCAAAUGGACUCUUUUCAGAGCAUGUAUGUCCCGGGAAGUCCUUCUCAUGAAAAGGAAUUCUUCUGUUCACAUAUUCAAAACUCUUCAGAUUGUUAUCAUUGCAGCUGUGACGAUGACUGUUUUCCUGCGAACUCAGAUGGACAUUGAUCUUGUACAUGCCAAUUAUUACUUAGGCUCCUUGUUCUAUUCUAUCAUCAUCCUUAUUGUUGAAGGGACACCCGAACUCUCCAUGACGAUUGCACGGCUUCCAGUUUUCUACAAACAGAGGGACCUAUACUUUUACCCUGCCUGGGCAUAUGCAAUUCCAGCUGCUACUGUGAAGAUCCCUCUGUCAUUUUUGAAAGCUGUAUUGUGGACUGUUCUAACAUAUUAUACCAUCGGGUAUACCCCUGAGGUUGGGAGAUUUUUCCGUCAAAUGAUGCUAAUAUUUGCUGGACACAUGGCCUCUACAUCGCUGUUCCGUUUCUUAGCAUCUCUCUUCCAGACGGUGGUUGCUUCGAUAACAGCCGGUAGUUUGGCUAUAUUAUUCCUUAUGCUAUUCAGUGGCUUCUUGAUCCCAGAACCAUCAAUGCCUCCUUGGUUAAAAUGGGCCUUUUGGAUUUCUCCAUUUUCGUAUGGGGAAAUAGGAAUUUCGACGAACGAGUUCCUCUCUUCAAGAUGGCAGAAGGAAUCUGGGAAUACAACAGUGGGACACCAAACACUUGAAAGUCGAGGUCUAAACUACGGUGCAAACCUUUUCUGGAUAUCAUUCGGUGCACUACUUGGGUUCACAGUUGUCUUCGACAUCGGGUUUACAUUAGCUUUAACUUUCUUGAAGCCUGUUCGUUCUCGGGCUAUCAUUUCAUCGGAGCAACUUUCUAAGCUACAAGGAAGCAAAGAAUCAGAAAACAAUGCUAGUGCAGAAGAACUUUUCAAGAAUCCUCCUUCUAGCAAAGCAUCUUAUAAAGACAGAAUGGUUUUGCCACUUGAACCUCUAAAUAUUGUGUUCCAAGAUGUUCAGUACUUCGUCGAGACUCCUACGGCAAUGAAAGAACAUGGCUUUGCUCAGAAAAGGCUUCAGCUUCUACAUGAUAUCACAGGUGCUUUCAGGCCUGGUGUUCUUACAGCACUCAUGGGCGUCAGCGGAGCUGGAAAAACAACUCUUCUCGAUGUUCUUUCUGGCCGAAAAACAAGUGGCAUUGUAGAAGGAGAAAUAAAAAUUGGAGGUUAUCCUAAAGUUCAAACUACAUUUGCACGAAUUUCAGGCUACUGCGAGCAAACCGACAUUCAUUCGCCUCAAAUUACCGUGGAGGAAUCUGUCAUAUUUUCUGCAUGGCUGCGUCUAGAUCCACACAUCGAUGAAAAGACAAAAUAUGAAUUCGUCCGAGAAGUUCUUGAAACCAUCGAACUUGAUGGCAUAAAAGAUACCUUGGUGGGCUUGCCUGGUGUCGAUGGCCUGUCAACCGAGCAACGGAAGCGACUAACAAUAGCUGUGGAACUCGUUGCAAACCCCUCGAUCAUCUUCAUGGAUGAGCCCACAACUGGACUGGAUGCUCGAGCAGCGGCGAUUGUCAUGCGUGCAGUAAAGAAUAUUGCAACUACGGGCAGAACAAUUGUCUGUACAAUUCACCAGCCCAGCAUCGACAUUUUUGAAGCAUUCGACGAGCUAUUACUUUUGAAAACUGGCGGUAGGAUGAUCUACUGCGGACCCUUAGGCCGAUGCUCGUCUGAAGUGAUCAAAUAUUUCGAGUGUAUCCCCGGUGUUCCAAAAAUCGGAGAUAACUACAAUCCGGCUACAUGGAUGUUGAAGGUCACUUCGACAUCCUCAGAAGCCAAGCUCGGUGUAGACUUCGCCGAGAUUUACAAGAACUCUACUUUGCAAGAGAAUAACAAAGAUCUCGUCCGGAGACUGAGCACUCCAUCACUUGGUUCGAAGGACUUGAAGUUUGCUACCCGUUACGCGCAAAAUGGCUGGGGACAGUUCAAAAGCUGCCUAUGGAAGCAGCAUUGCUCUUACUGGAGAAGCCCCGCGUACAACUUAAUGCGCUCGAUCCAUAUGUUGAUUGCGGCUUUUCUUUACGGCUUCUUGUUUUGGGGGCAGGGCAAGAAAAUACAUAAUCAGCAGAGCCUAUUUACUCUGCUCGGCUCAAUGUACAGCUCGACCCUCUUCUGCGGCAUAAACAAUUCAGCGACGAUUCAGCCAUACAUCACUAAAGAACGGACCGUGCUCUAUAGAGAAAGAUUCGCGGGAAUGUAUGCUUCGUGGGCUUAUUCAUUCGCGCAGGUAAUAGUCGAGAUUCCAUACCUUAUGGCACAAGCUGUAGCAUUCACGGCGAUCACAUAUCCGAUGAUCGGAUACUACUGGACGGCGUACAAAAUGUUUUGGUACUUGUACACCGUCUUCUGCACACUCAUGUACUUCACUUACCUCGGGAUGAUGCUGGUCGCUGUUUCCCCGAACCUUCCGGUGGCUGUCAUUUCGCUAUCCUCCGUCUACUCGAUGUUCAACCUGUUUUCGGGAUUUUUGAUUCCCAAUCCGGAAAUUCCUCGGUGGUGGAUAUGGCUCUACUAUUUGGUACCGACUUCGUGGUCGCUGAACGGGCUGCUUACGUCGCAAUACGGCGACGUCGAGGCGGCAAUUGCGGUGUUCGGAGAGAGGAAGACGGUGGCGGAAUUCUUGAGGGAUUACUUUGGGUAUGGAGAUGAUCGUCUUCCUCUUGUAGGUAUGAUGCUUAUUUUGUAUCCGAUUGUUUUUGGUUCGGUCUUUGCUUAUUGCAUUGGUAAGUUGAACUUCCAAAGGACAUGAAAAUUUGAUCUGUAGUUUGAUUCGUAACAUGCAACUAUUAUAUUAAAGAAAUUGAACAAAACAAAUAAAUAAAAGAAAACAAGGAUUAAA